CGGGGCUACGCUUGAACUUUGGCGGUUCAGAGUGUUUCAGGGCGGCAGCUUAGAGCUGGUGCUGAGGGACCGAAAGACGGAAUUAUAUUAUUAGAAAUCCAUACCGUUUACAGAAGAACAUUUCAGUGAAGAAACAUGGAAGAUGAUGCUGAUCUGGAGAUUUUGACAUCCCUAUUGGAAGAAAAUGAGGCAGCUGAAAUGAAUGGUUCCCUGCUUCCCGAUGCUUCUAGUGACCCUGAUGAGUUUGAUGAAUUGUUUGAUGAAGAUGAGACUGGAUCUUACCAUGAGAGUGAUGGUGCAUCGGAGGAACAGGACGUUGGGGCGGUACAGGAAGAUUUCACCACACUUUUUGGAGAUAUUGAUGAUCUUGAAAGUGAAAACUCAGAACAGGUGCCCCAGUGUGAGAAACAAUCAUUCUCUUCUAGUGAAGAGAAGACCAAACAAGAACUGGAAGAUGAAUUAAGGAAAAUGCAGGAACAGAUGCAGAAGCUGCAAAAACAGCUAAAACAAACCGCACUGUCCCAGACGCCCGGGACUAACCCUCAAAGGAAGUCACCUGCCAACAACAUGAAACAAACGGCAGCAAAAGCACAGUCCAGUCCCUUGAAGGAAAGAAAUGUCCGAACACUGCAGGAAUCUAGUGCCUUUUCUGCUCAGCUUGGCAGUCCGUCUAUGGCUAAAUCUCAGGACGCUGUAAAACGAAAACUACAGAUGUUAGAGAAUAAGAGCCCACCACAAAAACAAAAGCCUGCUCCCUCAUUUUUGCCUGAAAAACCCAGUGCAAGGCCUGACCCCACGGCAGGUUCGUCUACUCCUGCAGCAACCUCAGCAAGACCAGCCUUCAGCCAGCAUAUUACCGUGGAGCGUUUUUCUGGACUGAGAAUAAGGAAGCCAAGGGUGUCUUCUACAGAAAUGGAAAGAAAGAUGAGUGGACGGAAGUUGAUUAGACUAUCACUGUUGCAGAGCAAACUUGCUACAGAGAAGCUGGAGGAUCAGGACUGGGUGACAUUUGGUGUGGUAGUAAAGAAAAUGACCCCACAAAGCAACAAUAAUGGCAAAACGUUUAGCAUUUGGAGACUUAACGACUUAAAGGAUUUUGAUAAAUAUGUUUCUCUGUUCCUGUUUGGUGAUGUUCACAAGGAACACUGGAAAACAGACCAGGGAACUGUAAUUGGUCUUUUAAAUGCUAAUCCAAUGAAACCAAAAGAAGGAUCUGAUGAGGUCUGCCUGUCUGUUGACAAUCCUCAGAAGAUCUUGCUGAUAGGUGAGUCAAUGGAUUUAGGGACAUGCAAAGCUCGAAAGAAGAAUGGGGAUCCUUGUACACAGAUGGUGAACCUGAACGAUUGUGAGUUCUGUCAGUAUCAUGUGCAAAGUCAGUAUAAGAAGGUGAGCGCUAAAAGAGCAGAUCUGCAAUCCAGCUAUUCUGGUCAUGUUCCAAAGAAGAGAGGCCGAGGUGGAAAUGGCUUGAAAGAGAGACUGUGUCAGGAAGGCUUUCACUACGGAGGCAUGUCUUCCAUGGCAUAUGCAGCCUCAAUAGCUGCUUCUGCAGUGCCCAAGAAAACUGUCCAGACAACGCUUUCAAACAUGGUGGUUAGGGGAGCAGAAGCCAUAGCAUUAGAAGCAAGACAAAAAAUAGCUGCAAUGAAGAAGGGUCCCAUACAAUGCACAGAUGAGUUCAAAGAGCUGCUGAAUGUCCCCACACCUGGUGCACUUAAUCUGAAAAAGCACAUUACUGGCGCAUCUGCACAAGCCGCAAAACCGGGAACAUCAUUUCAAUCUAUUUCUGCAUCUCAACUUCUAAAGCAGCAAAAGCAGCAGCUGCUGGAAGCAAGGAAGAGGAGAUCAGAGGAGACUCAGCGGAAGUUCCUUGAAAGCGCAGAUACAUCUGAAAAAUCAAGCACUUUAGUCUCCACAGGAAAAACUACAUUUCAGUCUCCUAAGCAGGGUUCUGAAUUCCCUCGGGCAUUGAUGUCAACGCCGAAACUGGGACGUGGUUUUGCAGAAGGAGAUGAUGUUCUUUUCUUCGAUACAUCUCCUUCUGCGGCCCCCAAAUUAAGUGCAUCUGCUAAAGCAAAAAAGCUGGCAGCUAUUCAAAAGCUGCAGUCAAAAGGACAAAUACUGACCAAGGAUGACCCAAACAGCGUAAAGAGAAAACGUUCUACAGAUGUUGAUCAGGUGAUUCAGAGAGUAGAGAAGAAUGCAGCAUCUCCUGAAGGUUCAGAUGACAAUGAACCAGCCAUGAAAAAACGAAAAGAGCAACUAGCCUACUUAGAGUCUGAAGAGUUCCAGAAGAUUCUUAAUGCCAAAUCUAUGCAUACUGGCAUCCUGAAGGAGGCUGAAGCAGAAAUUCAGGAAAAAUACUUUGAUCCUCUAUUGAAGAAAGAGCAACUGGAAGAGAAGAUGAGAAGCAUUCGGGAGCAGAAGUGUCGUGUAGUAACUUGUAGAACGUGUAAGUACACUCACUUUAAACCCCUGGAUGCAUGUGUUCAAGAAAACCAUGACUUUCACUGGCAUGAUGGAGUGAAACGUUUCUUCAAAUGUCCUUGUGGCAACAGAACAAUCUCACUAAGUCGGCUUCCCAAGAAACACUGCAGUAACUGUGGCCUCUUCAAGUGGGAGAGGGAUGGCAUGCUUAAGGAAAAAAAGGGGCCGAAGAUUGGAGGAGAAACUCUCUUGCCAAGAGGAGAAGAACAUGGAAAAUUUCUUAAUAGUCAUUAAUUUGUAUUUUGAGGGAAAGUGUGUAAUAACAUAUGAAUGUUUGUUCUUUUUCACCAAAUAUUCCUGUACUACAAUCCUAAAAUUAUGUAAGCUACAGUUUUCAGUAAUAGCCUCUGGUGAGUCUGUGAUGUACAUCGUUAGUUUUUAUGUUAAAACUUUUAACCUGUCAUACUGUGUUUUGUGCUAAUACAGCAACUGUUUUUAAUCAGAGGUGUUUGUUCCAAAAGGUACACUUGAAUCCAUUUAAACUUAAAGGGACAUAAAACACCUAUGGCUUUUGUGUAAAAAGUGUCCUUUGUUUCACGUUCCCUAAGAAAGCAAAUUCUGUAACCUAGCUUAUCAAAUAGCUAAAACCAAUUUAUUUUACCUGCAGUUUACAUAAUUUUAUCUUUUUCUUUCUUUUUUUGUUCAAAAAUAUGGUGCUAACUUAAAACACUUACUCAUUUUGUACUUUUAUGAAUGUUUUUAAAUUGUAAAUAUGUAUAUGUAUGAACAUAUUUAUAGUGGUUAUAAAAUGUGUGCAACAUCUCUGCUUUGAGGUUUUGCCUAUAGCCAUUGUUUACUUGAAACUUUUUGUAAAGCUGCUAAUAAUAAAUAUUUGAAAUGA